UCGCAGAGUGGACUCUCUGGCAUCAGUUGUUGCUGACUUUCAUCACUUCGGCGUAGCAGGCAGAGGGACCUGUUCCAGCUCUGCAACAGCACCGGCCCAGACUCAGGGAUGAUCCCACAACAGAUGGCAGAAGUGUGAGAAAACAGGGAAUGGCUUCCACAGGGGUCGGCCUCCGCGUUCAGGGGGACGACAACCUCCAGUCCAUGCUUGUGGGAUCGGUAAUGAGGAAAGUCAAGUCUCGUACCUGGAAGAAGCAGCGCUACUUCAAACUGCAGGAUGACUAUAUGACCAUCUGGUACAAGUCCAAGAAGGCUGGUAACACCCACUCCACAUUUUCAGUGAGUGAUUUGGAGGCAAUACGAGAUGGACACCAGUCCGAGGUCCUGCUCAGCAUCGCUGAUGAGUUCCCGGCUGACCGAUGCUUCACUCUGGUCUUCCGUGGUCGCAGGGGAAACCUGGACCUGGUGGCUGAGUCAGCCGAUGAAGCACAGUCCUGGAUCAACGGCAUGAGGACGCUGAUCGAGAACUUGGAGAACAUGGGGGAGCGGGAGAAACUGGAUCAAUGGAUUGGUGACUGGUUCAGGAAGGCAGACAAGAAUAAUGACGGCAGGAUGAACUUCAAGGAAGUGCAAGAUUUACUGAAAAUGAUGAAUGUGGACAUGAACGAGCACCACGCUCAUCGUCUCUUCACAAUGGCUGACAAGUCCCAAUCUGGUAUGUUGGAAGACGAUGAGUUUGUGCUCUUCUACAAGAUGUUAACCCAGCGGGAGGAUGUACUGAGGGUUUUCCAGGCGUACUCGGUGGAUGGCCAGAAGUUACUCCAAAGUGACUUGGAGGACUUCCUGAGAGAGGAGCAGCUGGACGAGAUUGACAUGCAGCCGCAUGCCAAGCAGCUUAUCGAGCGCUACGAGCCCUCUGACACAGCCAAGCUGCUGAAUGCCAUGACGUUUGACGGCUUCUUGAUGUACCUUGGCUCAGCUGAGGGCUCCAUCUUCAACCCACAGUGGCGGGGUGUCUUCCAGGACAUGAGCCAGCCGCUGUGCCAUUAUUUCAUUUCCUCCUCCCACAACACCUACUUGAUGGAAGACCAGCUCCGAGGGCAGAGCAGUGUGGAGGGAUACAUCAGGGCUCUCAGUCGUGGCUGUCGGUGUGUAGAAGUGGACUGCUGGGAUGGUGCCAACGGAGAGCCCAUUGUCUAUCACGGACACACUUUCACCUCGAAGAUACUCUUCAAGGAUGUGGUUAACGCAUUGGAAAACUAUGCCUUCAAGGUAUCAGAAUAUCCAGUCAUUCUGUCGAUCGAGAACCACUGCAGCGUUGAGCAACAGAAAGUCAUGGCCCAACACCUCAACCACAUUCUCGGAGACAAACUGCUGAAAAGCACACUAGAGGGCAAGGCCCCCGUUGAGCUGCCGUCUCCUGAGGAUCUGAAGGGUAAGAUUCUCCUGAAGGCAAAGAAAAUUGGUGGUCUGGAGGAGAAUUUCAAUGGGACGGUGGAGGACCCUCAGAGCGGAGAGGUCAGUGAUGAAGACGAGGUGGCUGAAAUCAACGAAGAUAAUCUCCACCGUGAGAGCAUCUGUCGGAGAAUAAAGAGGUCGACCCAGCGUCUGUCUAAGGAGCUGUCGGACUGUGUUGUUUACUGCAAAAGCGUCCAGUUCAGUAACUUCAAACACUCCCGCAUCCACUCCAAGUUCUAUGAGGUGGCUUCUUUCACGGAGUCCAAGGCCCGCAAGCACCUGAGGGAGGCUGGGACCGAGUUUGUGCACCAUAACUCACGGCAGCUGACCAGAGUUUAUCCCAGUGGCUUCCGAACAGACUCCUCCAAUUUCAAUCCGCAGGAAAUGUGGAAUGCUGGGUGCCAAAUUGUUGCGUUGAACUUCCAGACGGCCGGGGAGGGGAUGGAUCUGAACGACGGACUGUUUGGGCAGAAUGGGAGCUGUGGCUACGUGCUAAAGCCCAGCUUCAUGAGAGAGGUCGGCAGCAGAUUUGACCCUGAGACACCGCAACAAAGGGAUUGCUACCAACCUGUGAUCCUCACCAUACAGGUGAUCAGUGGUCAGCAGCUCCCCAAAGUCAACGUUAAAGAGGAUUCAAUCGUGGAUCCUCUGGUCAGGGUCGAGAUCCAUGGUGUUCCUAUGGACCAGGCCAAGCAGGAGACCAGAUACAUUGAGAACAAUGGAUUCAACCCUGUGUGGUACGACACUCUGCGCUUCACCAUCCACACUCCCGAACUGGCCAUGGUUCGAUUUGUGGUGGAAGACUAUGACAAGACAUCUAAGAACGACUUUGUGGGGCAGUAUACGCUCCCCCUCAGCUGCGUGCAGCAAGGUUAUCGGCACAUUCACCUGUUUUCCAAAGAUGGAACCAGAAUUCCUCCUUCCUCCCUAUUUGUGCACGUCAGGAUCACAGAGCUGGAGUAAUCCCUCCUGGGUGGGCAACAUCCCGAGCACAUGUUAUUCAAUUCCUAGAGAAGACUUAUUCCUUCUGAUAGGAAAAUACUAAUAGCUCCUUGAUUAUUAUCUCAUUCUUAUUUGAUGUGAAUACAUAUUAUGCCAAAUCUUGUAGAGGUCCAGUGGCAGCGGAUGGACAUGAAUUAUGCAUGUUUUUUUGUUUUGCUCACUUUAGUGUGCGUACCCCGUUCCUGUGAUUCACUUGAACUUUGCUGCUCAUGUUUGGUGUACUAGUAUUUGUAUGUUUCUGCUGGAUUAUUCUGUUGUAGAGAAGAAUGUGCCACCAAUGUUUUAGGUCCAGGAUGUAUAUUUCCUGUCAGUAUUUUCUCUUUGACGAACAACACUUCAUCACCUAAAAAGAAAAUCCCAAUCAAGUGGAAUGCACACGCUGUUUCUACAAUCUCUGGUGACAUCAAAAAGAAGCUGAACUAAAUGGAGGUCCAAACUCAGCGACAAAUCAUUUUAAAUCUAGUUUCAGACAUAUUUCAGAAGGAGACAACAAGCACCGGCGUUAAGGGCUGUGGUCACAUGGUGAUGUAUUUGAGGAAUAACUUUAAACUUGUUGUACUCCACCGCUGUCCAUGAGGUAGUCAUUUGAGAAAGAUAUAUUAUCUCAAGUACUUUUAGGCCAAUAUGAUAAAGUUUUUAGAAAUGAUAAUGAAUCAGUCCGUCUAUAGAACAUUUAAACCGAACAAAAACAAAUAUAAUUCACCAAAUUCCAAAAACCAAAUGCAUUCUGAAUAUCCCACCACGAUUACGGACUCUUAUGAUUAGUUUUUCGGAGGUGCGCGUUAUUUCAGCUCCCUCCCUUCCACAGCAUUCUGCUGUCGCUGAGCAUCUACAGUGGCGCUACGGAGAGCGAAUGGCGCCUCCCAGUGUCCCCAGUGACUGUUUGAGUGUUUCCCUGCUAUUUCCAUUAACACCAGACUCUUCUGCAUGUUGCUCAUUUGGAAAAAGGCUGCUGUGACUGUAGUUCGGCUCUGUAGACUAAAGACAGACAUGCUGAACUCAUGUGUCAUCUGAUGUUAUUUCAUGGAAUGUACAUAUAUUACCUAUUACCUGUGCAUAUGUGUUUUGAUAUGUCUAUUUUUGUAUACUUGGAAAACUUCGUAUGAAUUGUACAGCAUAGCACAUUGUAGUGUUCAUUUGUUGUUGUUUUUGUAGAACCCUUGUAUUAAUUUUCCAUUAUACCUGCAAAUAAAUAUGUUUGUCAUUUUA